UUUACUGAGAAAUACAUAGCUGCUUGUACAACAUAAUAUUCACACGUAAUUUAAGUGAUGGGCUAAAUAGAAACAUGCAGAGUUUUAUUAAUACUCUGUGACCAAUCGUGAACUGUUCGCUGAACUCUAAUACAGAUAUUCUGCCAUGCGCAAUUUGGCAAUUUACAUAUUUAUGGAGAGUUCUUCACUCAGUUGUGUUAGCUGGUUUAAUAAUUACAGAGCAUUAUGAUUACUACGAUGCAUUUCCGCACUACUCAUAUAACGAGUGGUUUAGGUGUUGGCGACAAUGUUGAAAAACCGAAGUUAUGGAGGUAGUUAAAUUGCUUGGGACUUUGGGCUGGGUGAGAGAUCACGACAAAUGCAGGCUGAGUAAGGGGCCAAUAUUAUGCAAUCUGUAUUAUGCUUGAAGACACUAGAUUUUGAAAGCUGCUGGAAUCCUACAGACAAUCGUAUUGGUGUGGCUAUGAAUGGUGGUAUUUACCAUGAGAAACAGGUUAAAGAAAUGUGUGCUUUACAUGCCCUCAACAAUCUCUUCCAAGAAUGUAAUGCAUUCAGCAAAGCUGAAUUAGACACUAUUUGUUACUCUUUGUCUCCUAAUGACUGGAUAAAUCCUCACAAGUCAUUCCUUGGACUUGGGAAUUAUGACAUAAAUGUAAUAAUGGCAGCACUUCAAAAGAAAGGCUGUGAAGCAAUCUGGUUUGACAAGAGGAAGGAUCCUAAGUGUUUAAAUCUUCAUAACAUUCUUGGUUUUAUACUAAAUGUGCCAAGUGACUACAAACUGGGAUUUGUGUUACUCCCACUCCGUCGCCGUCACUGGGUGGCUAUAAGAGAGAUACAAGGAAGCUACUACAACUUGGAUUCUAAACUUGAGUGUCCUCAGCUUAUUGGAAAGGCACCAGAAAUAUUGCUGUACUUGCAGCAACAGCUGGAGUGUAAAGAAAAGGAACUCUUUGUGGUGGUUGUUGCAGAAGUGGAACAAAAUCAGAGUUGGCAAGUGAACAAUGACAAUAGUCAGACAAACAGUUCAAUUUGUGAAAAUGGUGUUGGCACAUCGGCAAGUGAUGGAAGUGCAAACUGUGUGUUGAGAACUUCAGAAAUGCACACUGUUAACUCUUCACAACUGAGAUAGCAUUAAGACUGUUCGGUUCUUAAUUGAUGUUCAUUGAGAGUAGAGAUAAAUAUAUAUUUACUGUUGUUCUCAUGUUCAGAAGUGUAACAUUACACAAUUUUUCUCAUGAAAGUGCUGGUUGAGUGAACAUAGUACAAUUUGGUCAAAUGUGUUUUAUCUUUUUAUUACUGGGUGUUGUAGAAAGGUGUUAAAAGUAUGUGGCGUAUGGUAUUAAGUUUGUUUUAGCAGUUACAACAUGCCUCAGAUUUAUAUUGAAACUUCAGGGCAUCACAGUAUUAACAUGUUGAAUUUUGUUAAAGUUAUAUUUAUUUUGUGUUUCUAGGUUUUGUUUGUGAAUAGUUUGUUUUGUGAGACUGCAGAAAUUUUUAUAUGAGUUGAAAUAAGUUUAUCAGAAAAAGUGCCAUUAAUUUAAUUA